GACGGUAGCUCGGCAUUUAUAGGGAAAUAAACACCACUUAGCGUGUUCAUUUGUCGUCUUUGGGUUGAUAGUGUUGCGUUACGUGCCGUUACGUUUCCUUUAAGCUCACCGGGAUCUCGGCGGACGGGAUCAGCGUCGGGAUUUCCCUCUUCGAGCCCGGACACUUUGUGCUCCACGGUCAGCGGUGAAUAAGACAACGGCUCCUGCAUCGCGUAGCCUCUGAAACGAGACGGAAAAGCCCUACAUGUUGAUUAUGAUUCGCCACCGGUGUGAGUGAACGAGAGCAGCACCUCCCGGCCGCCGAGGUCUCACAUCCUGGAGCCGCCUGGAGCUCAUCUGCCGCGUCGCAUACAACAUGAUAUGUUGAUGAUAUUUUUUCUUUGGGAAGUGGUGGUGUCUUUUUUGUUGUUUUUCGUUUCGGGAUAUGCGAUAUGCGGAUCCGUGAACGCCACGCCACGCAAAUGAGCGGAGUUUUUUUUGUGUAUGCUCUGAAAAUGAGGAAGCAUUUUCAGAAAGACCCAGAGAAUGGCAAGAAGGUCUCGUCGUCCGUGGGCCCCAGAUUUGAGUAAAAUGAGAAGGAAAGGAGCCAACGCAACAGCAGCAUUAUUUUUUCCUCUCAGCAGAAUGACACCAAAGGAGGUAAAACGGCGGCGGUAGAUAAGACGCAGCAUCGAUGAAGGCGAUCUGGACAAGUUUGGAGUCUCUCUGAAUGAACAGAAAUACUUCGCAGCUCGACAGCAGAUCGUUUCCACAAUAUUCAAAAUAGUUUUCGGCUUUUGAGGGAUUUUCUAAUUCACCAUUUAUUUUUGCGUUGCAUCUGUUAUCCUUUUCAUUGUCUUUUUUUUACUAUUAUAAUAUAUAAUUGUUUUAAUACUUUCUAUCCGGAUCCAGCCCUGACUAUUCAAUGGAAGUAUGUUAUCAGCUGCCGGUUUUGCCUCUAGACAGGCUGGUUCCCAAGCAUGUCCUCAGCCGAAGGGGAGCCAUUAGUUUCAGCUCCAGCUCCUCUCUCUUCGGGGCUCCUGAUCCGAGACAGCUGUCACAGAGACGAGGGGCCAUCUCCUAUGACAGCUCUGACCAGACGGCACUGUACAUUCGUAUGCUCGGAGAUGUGAGAGUGCGAAGUCAGGUUGGAUUUGAACCGGAACGAAGAAUCUCCCACCCGUACCUGAACAUCGACUUCCGAACCCUUCACACACGGCUGGACUCCGGGUCCACAUCAGAGAGCAAGGCUCCAGAAAGGCGGGUCCACAGACUGCUCAGCUUUCAGAGGUACCUGCACUCGUCCCGUCUGCUGCGGGGAGUCCCCCAGCAGAUCCCCCUCCACCUCCUGGAUGAAGACUACACUGGACAGGCCAGAUGCAUGCUGGAAAAAGUCGGGAACUGGAAUUUUGACAUUUUCCUCUUCGAUAGGUUGACGAACGGAAACAGUCUGAUCAGCCUGACCUUCCACCUGCUGAACCAGUACGGCCUGGUGGAGCUAUUCCAGCUGGACAUGGUCAAACUGUGGAGGUUCCUGGUCAUGGUCCAGGAGGACUAUCACAGCGACAACCCCUACCACAACGCUAUCCACGCCGCGGAUGUCACACAGGCCAUGUACUGCUACAUGCAGGAACCCAUACUUGCCAAAUCUCUGACCUCUUGUGACAUCAUACUGGGAAUCCUAGCCGCCGCCACACAUGACCUGGACCAUCCGGGGGUCAACCAGCCUUUCCUCAUCAAGACUGACCACUAUCUAGCUACACUCUAUAAGAAUACCUCAGUUCUGGAAAACCACCACUGGAAGUCCGCAGUGGGCCUGCUCAGAGAGACUGGGCUGUUUUCCCACCUGCCUGCAGAAGACAGCCUGAACAUGGAGAGGGAGUUGGGCUCCCUGAUACUGGCCACCGACAUCAGCAGACAGAAUGACUACCUGUCCAGGUUUCGCCGGCACCUGGACCAGAAGAACCUGUGCUUGAGCAACGCCAGCCACCGUCACUUCAUUCUGCAGAUGGCUCUGAAGUGUGCGGACAUCUGUAACCCGUGCCGACCCUGGGAGCUGAGCAAACGGUGGAGCGAGAAAGUGACCGAGGAGUUCUUCCAACAAGGAGACAUUGAGAAGAAGCACAAACUUGAAGUCAGCCCACUUUACGACAGAGAGGUCAACACCGUUGGCAACAUUCAAAUAGGCUUCAUGACGUACGUGGCCGAGCCACUGUUCGCAGAGUGGACCCGUUUCUCUGACACGCGGCUAUCCCAGACCAUGCUGGGCUACAUGGGGCUAAACAAGGCCAGCUGGAGCGGCCUCCACCAGGAACAAGCCUCCGUCUCCAAGGAGGCGGGGCUGGGCUCUGCCGGCGCCGACACAGGAGGCGCCGCCGCCGCUCGGAGGGACAGCGUCACCGCUACAGCCACCGGAGGAACCAGCUCCAAGGAAAUACCUCAGGGAAGCAAAGAAUCCUGACGCUCCUUGUGUGCCCUUUCAUCGCCACCUCCUGACCCCGGCUUCGGGGCCUCAUCACACUGGGGGCCCGGUGGGACGUGAUGCUGCCCCACAUGAUCCUGACACCCAGUUUAUGUUUUGCUUAUGCCUCCCAUCUUGAUAAACCACUGAUUUUAUUUAAUUUAUUUAAUUUUUAAUUAUUCUUUUUGGCAUAGAGCAAUACAUAGAUACCUCAUUUGGCUACUGCUGUAUUUUCCUUUCCUUGCUUUGUUUUAUUUAUUUGUCCACUAUAGUUUUGGCAUUACUGACACACCACUCUUUUCCGUUGAUGAACUUUGAGGGGAAAGCAGUCGACGAGCUGAAGAAGACACUUUUCUGGUAUUUUGAAGUGCCAUUUGAAAACAAAGUUUGAAUACUGAGCUGAACUCUGAGACAACGGGAGUAUUCAGACACGAGACCCUCCUAAGACUUACCGCCACGUUGCAGUUGUAUUGAAGAUUCUUCCUCAUGUAAAACAAAGAGAUGUGACAAGCCCAGUCCUUUUGCUGCCUCUACGAAGACUGUUUACGCGUUCCCUUGUUUGUCGUUUCUUUCCCUUGAUCUGAAGUGAAUCAUGUCGGCUCCGCGGUUUGCCUUCGACGCACAGAUGUAAAGAACCACUCGUUUGAAUUGUCAUCCCACUGUUGAAGCCAUGAGCAGAACCUUAUUCAAACACACCAGAUGCCAUAAGUUACUCCACCUGUGCUCCAAUGUGUUCUUGCACUCAAAAUAACGACGGUGUUGGAGGUGCAGCUUCGUCUCCGUGACAUCUCGAGACACCGCGACGGUAUUGUAGACUUUUUUUUUUCUGGUGACGUUUCCGAAUCUUCCAGUGCUGGUUGAACUCGGGCUCGCUUCCCUCCCAGACUGGAGAUCAGUUACUCGCUGCACAUGCAUCUCACCUGGAACGCCACUCCACGCAACUUGACUCGCUCAGGGGUUUUGCCAGUCUCUUAUCAAGAGGGGGAGGGGCGGAUGGAGAGGAGGUGACGGCGGACGAUGCAGGGUUGUUGUUUCUUCUUCUCCUGGCUAGGAUCUACUGAAGGAGGCUCUCCCUCGCCGCAGAAUGUCUCUCCCAGCCACAUGCAACCUAAAGGAAGCUCGAUUGAUGCCUUAUAACUAUGCACAAACUAUGCUAAGUGACCAAACCAGCGCCUGUUCCCAUCAAGUGCAUGUGUGCUUGUCUUUGAAUGCACUGUCCAAUCCCUUUGCCUUUUGUUGUGAGGAACAACUCCAGCUGUCUGUUUUGUUUUCUCUUUUCUUUUGUACGGGAAAAACAAAAUGGUCGAGUGACUUUGAACAUUCCAUUUCUUUGGUUUGUCUACUUUGAUUCAAUAUAGUGGCACAAAUUGUGUUCUGUGUUUAAACAUUUUGAGAGAUAACAGGUGCUUUUCUUACUUUAGCUGAUUUGUAUUUUUGCUGUAAGUGCUGUAAGACUGUUCAUAAAACUGUUUACAAUUUGUUGCGACAGCCAUUUGAGAAGAUUUCAGUGUACGGCCAGAUUUUGUAAAGGCUUUGCUGUAUUGACCUUUUUGAUACAUGCCCGUUGCAGUUUCAAUUUGAAUAAUAAAACCUGUUGUUGAA